AAUCGGUUUCUGUAGUGUUGUCAGGUCGAGGCGGAGCUGUCAUCUUUGCUAGCUGCCGUGUUAGCCGCUGUUGUGUUUUGUCAUGACAACCCGUCCCGUUAGAAAAUAGCGCAGCUCACGGGUUCAUUCGUUCACGGAUCCACCUUGGGAGCGGACAGAAGUCUGGGCGGACAGCGGAACAGUGAGAUGAAAUGACAACGUCAACAUUACAGAAAGCGAUUGAUCUUGUCACCAAAGCCACAGAGGAGGACAAGGCCAAGAAUUAUGAGGAGGCCCUGCGCCUGUACCAGCACGCUGUGGAGUACUUCCUGCACGCCAUCAAAUAUGAGGCCCACAGCGACAAGGCGAAGGAGAGCAUACGAGCCAAGUGCAUGCAGUACCUGGACAGAGCGGAGAAGCUCAAGGACUACCUGAAGAACAAAGACAAGCAGGGCAAGAAGCCGGUGAAGGAGGCCCAGAGCAAUGACAAGAGCGACAGCGACAGCGAGGGAGAAAAUCCAGAGAAGAAGAAGCUGCAGGAGCAACUGAUGGGUGCUAUUGUGAUGGAGAAGCCCAACGUGAGGUGGAACGACGUGGCCGGACUGGAAGGAGCUAAAGAAGCUUUGAAGGAAGCCGUCAUCCUGCCCAUCAAGUUCCCUCACCUCUUCACAGGUAAACGCACUCCAUGGAGAGGAAUCCUGCUGUUCGGUCCUCCAGGAACGGGGAAGUCAUAUCUGGCCAAAGCCGUGGCCACCGAAGCCAACAACUCCACCUUCUUCUCCGUGUCGUCCUCAGACCUCAUGUCCAAGUGGCUGGGAGAGAGCGAGAAGCUGGUGAAGAACCUGUUCGACUUGGCUCGCCAACACAAGCCCUCCAUCAUCUUCAUCGACGAGGUGGACUCGCUGUGCGGCUCCAGGAACGAGAACGAGAGCGAAGCAGCCCGACGCAUCAAGACCGAGUUCCUGGUCCAGAUGCAGGGUGUCGGGAACAACAACGACGGGAUCCUGGUGCUGGGAGCCACCAACAUCCCCUGGGUGCUGGACGCCGCCAUCCGCAGAAGGUUUGAGAAGCGCAUCUACAUCCCCCUGCCGGAGGAACCGGCCCGGGCCCAGAUGUUCCGCCUCCACCUGGGCAACACGCCGCACAGCUUGAGCGAGGCCGACCUGCGGCAGCUCGCCAGGAAGACCGACGGCUACUCGGGCGCCGACAUCAGCAUCAUCGUCCGGGACGCUCUGAUGCAGCCGGUCAGGAAGGUCCAGUCGGCCACGCACUUCAAGAAGGUCCGCGGUCCGUCCCGGAGCAACAACCAGGUGAUGGUGGACGACCUGCUGACCCCGUGUUCCCCCGGAGACCCUGCAGCCAUAGAGAUGACCUGGAUGGACGUGCCGAGUGACAAGCUGCUGGAGCCCAUCGUCUGCAUGUCGGACAUGCUGCGCUCUCUGUCCACCACCCGGCCCACCGUCAACACUGAAGACCUGCUGAAGGUGAAGAAGUUCACAGAGGACUUUGGGAUGGAGGGCUGAGGCGGAGGUCCGGCUGCUCCUCUAACACUCCCCCUGCUCCUCCUCCUCCUCCUCGCCCUCCUCCCCCCGUAGGCUUCGUCUCGGCUGGGCUCCUGGCUCUGCGGCCUCCUGUGGAUCCUCGGAGCUCAGCGGAGACGUCGGUGUGAUUCAGUAGCUGGACAGUAGACCCACAUCCCGCCCCCCCGUCUCACACCACUUUCACUACAACAAACUGUUCAUGUGCGUUUUCCGUGAGGAGAAGCCGAAGCGUGUCCCUCUGAGCCGACCCAGGACUGAUGGCUGUGCUGCCGGGCCGCGGCGCCGGAGGAAGCUGCUUCUCCUGCAGGCAUGCGAGUGUGUGAAUGCAUCUCAGUGUUUUUAUUGAAUCGUGUGUCUUCAUGUUGGUGUGGGAAACGUCCAGAGCUCCGUUAUUUUGUUAUUUAAACUGUCUGACCGGGCCGGAGCAGCAGGAGAUGUGCUCCACAGAGAACAGGUGGCGCUGCAGCUCCAGAACCGGAUCAGUCACUGAGGUUUGUGUUGUUAUUCCAGCUGUUCCUGGAUGCUUCCUGGGUUGUCCUCCUCGCUGCCUUUGGUCUCUCCACUGGCUGUCCAGCGUAGUCGUUGACCUGCAGCUCAUUGAAUCAGAAACACCGUAUUUAUAUAUUUAAACAAAAGAGAAGCUGAAGUACAUGUGGGGUUUCUUUGUCUUCUGUCGCAGCUCUGGAGCAAAACGAGACAUUCAGAGAUGUAGAACGUGUUUCUUGUUAUUCUCAGACGUUGAGCUGAUUAACGUCUGUGAUCUGUUGUGGAGCUUUCAGUUUUUCCACAUGACCUUCCUCAGCAGCUCAGCUUUCUUCACUACAUGUCCCAGAAUGCACCUGUCUGUUCAAGCUUCAUCUGUUCUUCAGUAGUUAUUACACGGGUUCUCCGUUAACGGAUCAGUUUGGUUUCUGAAACAUCGACCAGCGUGAAAACCGUCGGGUUCGGUCCAGAGAUGUUCAGUUUCCUGUCAGCAGGACGGAAACCAGGAAACGUUCGCUGAGUUCAGACGGGUUCUGUUUUUAAAAGUGACUCAAACCGAUCGAUUGUUAAACUAGUUGGAGUUAGCAGCUCUACGUACAGCGUGUCUGUCGCUGCCUGUGGGGGUUGAGCUGCAUCGGUCAGGACGUUAUGAACCAACAGGUGAGUCCCUGUUAAAGGUGGAAACAGGACGUCUCCAUAUAAGGGCGUCCUCUAUGUUCAGCUUCAGGUGAGCUCUGAUCAGGAAGGUGGAGCAGAACCGAGGAAGCAUCCAGUCACAGGAGCUCCAGGAGGAUCAACCUGAAGUCACUGAGCUUAGCUUCCUCAGUGAUGCCUGUGAAUGACUGAAUGACCUCCUGAUCCGAUGUCCAACGGCGCCACCUGCUGGUUAGUCCCAGUAUUAAUCUUGUUGAAGUUCAGAUGGAGCCAGGCGUUGAAGAACCCAUGGAGCACAUCUCUUGUUGCGCUGGUCCAACAGUAUUCAGAACCUCCUGGUGUCGGUGAAGGAAACUGAACACUUGAAGCCCGGUGAAGGACGAAGGCCUGAAGUUUGGUUGGUUUCUUUUGUUUUGGGACUCUGACGGUUCACAGAGCUGUGUUCAGACAGUAGAGGUCCAACUCGCUGCUGGUGGGUCUGUCGGUACCGAACCACCGCUGACCAUGUAACCAUUACUACUAAUUUAUCCUGAAUUAAUAAAAACUGACAUUUCAAAUGAAA